AUGGUCAUAACGGCCUUCUCUUCCAUCCUCUUAGUUGCCAUGGGGUUCUUUGCGGGUGUUGCUUAUAGCAACAACAAGAUCUCUAAAGAAACCGACAUCUCCACAACCAGUCGAGUCAUACAAGACUUAUGCGCCCCAUCCCUCAUAAAGGAUUAUUGUCAAUCCGAAAUGAUGAAAUAUGGGGGUACCAUGACCGACCCUAAAGAGUUGGUAAAGCUAAGUGUGCAACUAGUAUCCCAUUCUUUGCAACUUGCACUGAAGGACGCCGAGCCCCUAAAGGCGACCACUAUGGAGCCCAUGGCAAAGCGGGCCUUGGAGAUCUGCGACAUCAAGAUCAAUACCGCUAUGGGAGACCUAAACCGAUCUGUGACUGAGAUAGACAAGUUCGAGCCUGCCACGGGUGAGAAGCAGAUCGACAACUUGAAAACUUGGAUUGAGGCUACCCUCACCUUUCAGGAGGUCUGCAUCGACGCGUUCUCUAAUAUCACUGGCCCCGACGGCCACAAGAUGAGGAUGAUCCUGCAACUUUCUGGCAUGGCAGCCUGCAAUAGCAUGGCCGUAAUUGAGGGAUGGACAAAAUUACUGGAGAAGACCAACCCCGUUCCUGGGGCAGCACACCGAAGGCUUCUUGGAGGUGGAGCGUCGAAUAAGAAUGAUUUCCCUGAGUGGGUUUCACCGACCCAGAGGAAGUUGUUGCAGGCGACGCCAAGUAACAUUAAACCGGACAUUGUUGUGGCUCAGGAUGGGAGCGGGCAAUUCAAGACUGUAAAUGAAGCCAUCAAGAGCAUUGGGCCCAACUAUAAAACCCCCUUCGUUAUCUAUAUCAAGGCUGGGGUUUAUAAUGAGCAAGUCAUUGUUCCAAACGCGCUUAGUGGGAUUAUGUUUAUCGGUGACGGCCCGACAAAGACUAAAAUCACCGGCAACAAGAAUUAUAAGGAGGGGUAUCAUACCCAAGAUACCCCCACGGUUGCGAUAAUGGCCCCAGGAUUCAUGGCCAAAGACAUGGGGUUCGAGAACACAGCUGGGCCUGAAGGCUUCCAGGCCGUCGCUUUUCUCUCUCAAUCCGAUUACUCUGUCUACUACAACUGCCAAUUCGAUGGCUACCAAGACACCCUAUGCCCUCUAGCCUAUCGUCAAUUCUACCGUGAUUGUGUCAUCUCUGGUACCAUCGAUUUCAUCUUUGGUGUCGCUCGCACCGUCAUCCAGGGCGGCACCCUUGUUGUCAGGAAGCCCAUGGAUAACCAGCAAAACGUCGUGACUGCAGAGGGUCGUCAGGACCCCAAUGGUGUGUCAGCAAUCGUAAUCAUGAACAGUCACAUCACGGCCGACCCGGCCUACUUGCCCGUCAAGAACCAAUUCCCGACAUACUUGGGGCGCCCGUGGAAGAAUUUCUCUAGGACCGUGAUCAUGCACACCGUGAUCGACGACAUAAUCACCCCCGCGGGGUGGGUCCCGUGGGAUGCGCGGUGGGGGCUUGACACUCUCUACUAUGCGGAGUUUGAGAACACGGGCCCUGGUUCCAACACGCAAGGCCGAGUCACUUGGCCUGGGAUUAAGCACAUUACACCGCAAGAGGCCGAGCAAUUUACCCCGGUUAAGUUUUAUGCCGAAGGCGAUAGUUGGAUCAAGGAUGCUAAUGUACCCUACACUGCCGGAAUGUCGUAA